AUGACAAAUUUUAUACAUUGUGAAUUGAUACAUACGAAUUUUAUGGAUGCAACAACGGAAAGAUCCGAUUUUGAUCAAUGCUAUUUACAUACAACAACGUUUUAUAAUGGUAUUCUGUAUAAAACAAUUUUUAAUAAUUGUUCACUAUGGUUAACAAAUUUUGGUAAUGGUAAAUUAGCACAAUCAGCUUUCAAUAAUGUUAUAUUGAGAAGUGUCGAUUUUCGUUUCGCCAUUCUUGAUCAAUCGACAUUUAAUAAGAGGUUAUACAGAUAGGACGUGGUCGUGAUUUUGCAGGAGGAAAACAAAAAAAAACCAUCCGACAUCUACAAAAAUAUUAUUAAAUCGAAGAACUAUUAUCCGUUCCAGAAGUCAAUACAGUCGGUUGUUUUUUAAAUAACUUUUGAUAGAAGCAAGAUGAAGACCUGCGGUUUCCACCGUUUGACAGCCAAGAUCCAGGAGCAUAUUUUUGUAGACAAAAUCUUUCUUAAAAACAAAUCCCAAAACCGGUUUUUCAAAGGAUCUCUGGAAAACCAUACUGGAUUUCUGAAAACUGUCAUAAGAGUCUAUUGAUUUUUUUACAUGGAUAGAUAGCUCAGAGUAUUCCCUAUGAAACAAGAUCUAAACAAAACUUCUAUCUUGCAAGGUUUAGACAAACCAGGCAGUUUUUCCGAAGUCUUAGGACUCUCCUUUCUUUAGGUAUGGCACUAUUGUAAACACAUGAAAACAUAGGUUAUCGACUAUGCUCAAUCUCGUGGCAGUGUUAGUUUUCAGAACAAAAUGCAAGAACCGAGUGAAAACCUAUACUAGGAGUGCAUCGGUUAUUUUUUCGUAUUUUUCAGAAAUUCACAAUAAAUGUUUUGUAUUUUCAUAAAAACGAUUUGCAACAUUUUUCUAAAACGGCAGUUUUGUAGAGAAAACAUUUCUCUACAAGAUGAUAUAUAAUAGUUAAUUUUAAAGGUUUUGGGU